UUCAACACAUGUUCCUUAAGUUUGAAUGGAACUACUCAGUCUCGCGGUCAAAUUCCUUACAUCUUAUAUUAUAGUAAUAACCACGAUAAGAAUUGCGAUUAUGAAAAGAAAAUUUGUAAUAAACUAAAAAUUCGAAAGAAUACUUUAGGUAUACUGACUACUAUCGUAAAAAAGUUAUUAGAGCUAUUGAAUAUCGGAAGUGUAAAAAUAAAAAAAGAUCAUCUUGUAUAUAAAUACUUAGGAGAAUCAGCGAUGGUAAAUAUUCUUUUACCUCUAGUGUUAGCACACAUUGGACCAUUAACUUCAUUUUCAAAAGAUGCCAAGAGCGCUAUCCACGUUUUAGAUCUAAUUAGAGAGUUGUUACCAGCUGUGACAUCUCUAAAUUUAUUUGCCGCUGACAAGUUAGACGUCUUGCAUAAAGAUUUGUACGAUAAAUUAGANGACAAUCCAAAACAAAUAAUAAAGUCAAAACAACAGACAAGCGAAAUCAAGGAUCUUAAAGGCAUGACUACUUCUCAUCAUUAUGCUUGGGUAGAAAGCAAUCAUCCUUACAAAGCCGCCACCGUAUCGAAUUACAAAGUAAAAUUUCCAAAUGAGGUCAAGUGGUUAUGUUUGGAGUUUGAUCCACGUAGUUGUACGGCUCAGAUAGAAGACUAUUUACAACUUUACAUUCCCAACUAUAGAGACAUUAAUACAGAUGACGACAACAAAAGAGUGGGAACUACACCGUACAUACCGGUGUUAAAAAAAUUCAGUAAUGAUCCCUUAGAAUGGCCUUUCGCUGCUAUUAUGUUGCCUGGAAACGAGGUAAUGUUUUCUAUGGAAACGGCUUCAGACUACAUGAAAAAUGAUAAGGCUUCUCGAUACGGAUUUCGAUGUCUAGUGAUUGGAUACGAA